UUUCUCUCUCUGCAAGUUCGCAGUGGGCAGAAGAAGAAGAAGAGGAAGAAGAAGAAGACAUGCAGGAGCAGACGACGAGCUCCAUCGCCGCGAGCUCGCUCCCUUCGAGCAGCGAGAGAUCUUCGAGCUCGGCCCUCCAAAUCGAAGUCAAAGAAGGCAUGGAGAGCGACGAGGAGAUCAGGAGAGUGCCGGAGAUGGGAGGGGAGCCGGCGGGGACGUCCGCGGCCGGCCGGGAAUCCGGUUCGGCGGCCGGUCCGGACCGGGCCCAGCCCGCGGGUCAAAGUCAAAGGAAGAGGGGGAGGAGCCCCGCUGACAAGGAGAACAAGAGGCUAAAGAGGUUGCUGAGGAACAGAGUAUCGGCGCAGCAGGCGAGAGAGAGGAAGAAGGCGUACCUGAACGACUUGGAGGUGAGAGUGAAGGAGCUGGAGAAGAAGAACUCGGAGCUGGAGGAGAAGCUGUCCACGUUGCAGAACGAGAAUCAGAUGCUCAGACAUAUACUGAAGAACACCACGGCGGGGAGGAGAGGAGGAAGCAGCGGCUCCAAUGCGGACGGGCCCUUAUGAGGAAAAAUUUACACCCAAUCGGAAGCUAUAUAGCCAUCAUAUCUGGGUUUAAUACAGAGGAAGAGGUUGAAGAUCUGUGCUCUCUUUGGUUCCUUGUUUUUUGCCCAUUUUUAGAUUAGACCUUCCAAUCAUUUAGGGGGUUAGAAGUUUGGCAAAAGUCAGUCCGGUCUGCGAUGCUUCGUGUCGUUUGAGGAUUCACAGAAGAGGAGAGAGGAAGGCUUGUUGAUGUGCUUGUUUUCACUUUCCAGUGGUAAGGCAUGAUGGGCCUUUGCUCGAAAGCUUGGUCGGUGUGAAAAUAGCUGGGUCCUAAAUUGUGAUGUGGGAUUGUGGUCGUACAAAAGAGUGUUUGCUACGGAUUCAUAGA